AUGGACCGAUGUACGCAAAGCUAUCUAAUAGAAACAUCAUGGCAAGUGAGGUCAGCAUAUGUGGGUAUGAUUGUGUUUACUGCGGGUUUGGCCGUUCUUAUCAUCAAAACAGUAAAGCAAAAAGAUACACGGCAUGUACCUGCUCACCCCAACUUCAAGGUACAUUGAUUUUAAUUUUUAUACUCGAAAAUAGUACGAAAAACGAAAAUUAAUUUUUUUAGUCUACUAAUAUUACUUCAAUAUUAAAUAUAUUUUUUUUAAUUUUAAGACUAACUUUUAGUAAAAAAUUUCCAGAAAAUCAUAUUCACCAUUAGCGGAGCAACAUGCUGGUUUUCCGUCUUAUGCUGUGUAUCAUACAUAGUAUUGUUGAUAACCUCCUUAAGAGCGACAAAAGAAAACUGUUUUACGAACAUGUAUCGGUACACGUGCGCCCUAAUAAGAGGACCACAUUUUUUGGCCAUUCCAAUGUACAGUAGUACUCAUAUUGCACUGUUUUUGGAGAGAUUGGUGGCUAUUUCAAAAAAGGACUACGAAAACUCGUUGAAAUGGCUUGGGUGGUUUAUCAGUUUGUAUUUGGUAAGUUUUGUAAUAAAAUUGUAAAUAAAACAUAUUAUUCAUCGAUAUUACUCACAAUGCAACUGAAACUUUCAUACUCAUUACAAAUAUAAAAAUAACGUUGCAUAUUUAAAAAAAAGCAUUUCUAAAACUAUUCUAUGAACAUAUAAAUCUAUUAAAACACUCGUUUUAGUGUUUUGCAUCAGUGGUAGUUGCGCUAGGUGUACUGGACAUUAUUGACAUGAAGUACGACGUUUUACAUUGUACCUAUUUCUCCGAUCGUACAAAACUUAUAUUUGACUGGUUACUGGAAGCUACUAGUGUUAUCGACAUUUUCAGUACGGUCGGGGAUUUCAUACUAAAAAACAGAGUAGCAAAAAGCUCACGAAAAGUUAGAAAUUCAUCGUAAGUUUACUUUUUCACUAAGUAGCCAAAACUUAAGCCUACUAAGUCUACGUCUACAAAACAUAACAACUCGAUUUAUAAUCUAUAAGACUAACUUAACCUAAAGCUUAAACUUAAGGAAUCUAUACUAGUCUCGUAAAACCUAUUAUAUAAUUCACAAUAUAAAAGUGUUUGCGGCGUUACCUAAUUUAGAUUACAUAAGUUAAUAGCUUUAGAGAAAUUGCAAGAAAUCGUAUUACGCAACUUUUUCUUAUGUAAUAUCAAGAUUUUAUAUAAUAUUUGCCUCGGUGUAAAACGACCCACCAAAUUACUCCGAGUGCUGACAUAUCGCUUGUCUUUCUGCGAGGUACCAAUUUGUACCUAUCACAAAUCACAAGAAUAAAAAUAUAUUAAGCCUAAGCUUAAGAAACCUAAGAUUGGUAAGCCUAAAAAUAAAAUAACCACAUUUCAGGAGUUACCACAACUAUACAUUAUCACAAGCUUACCAAAAGAAAGAGAAUCUUCGUCUCUUGCUUAUGAUGGUACCAAUUUCUACUGUCUUCGCGGUCGGUCACUUGUUUUUCUGUACAGUUUAUCUUGAAAUAGACGGUAUUGCAGUACGAUAUUUUACUCGUAACGGUGAAACGGAGCUUACAAUAGAACAAGAAGCCAUUAGGACUGCUCUUAGCGAUGCUAGACUUAUUGUAAGUUAUUGAAAUUUGCAAAAUUUUAGGCUUAUAAGUUAUAAAAGUAUUCAAUAAUAACAACUAAAUAAUAUAAAUUGAAUCAUAUACAUCAUAAAAAAGUUUUAAGGUUUACAAAAAGUAUUGUUUUAGAUAUUCGUAUCCUUAAUUGGCCUGAUUGUACGACAAUAUGUAAAACUGGGCGAGAAAUUAAUGUUAGAAAAACAAACAAAGACAGAUAAGCCUGAUGCCAACAAGAUCUUUGACCUAUUCAAUCAGCAACUUGCGGGACCACCAAUGUAA